AUGGGCACUUUACGCGACCUCCAGUACGCUUUACAGGAGAAGAUAGAGGAGCUCAGACAGCGGGACGCACUUAUUGAUGAACUGGAGCUAGAACUGGACCAGAAAGAUGAGUUGAUACAGAAGCUUCAAAAUGAACUGGAUAAAUAUCGUUCUGUUAUCAGACCGGCAACUCAACAAGUUCACAAACAAAGCGUCUUGCAAGAACAACAAAGGACGAAGAGGCAGGCUAUAUCAGCUGAGCCAACAGCCUUUGACAUCCAGGAUCUCAGUCACGUAACUCUUCCUUUCUACCCAAAGAGCCCACAGUCUAAGGACUUAAUCAAAGAGGCUAUUCUUGACAACGAUUUCAUGAAGAACCUUGAGCUUUCACAAAUCCAGGAGAUUGUGGAUUGCAUGUAUCCAGUGGAGUAUGACAAAGAGAGCUGCAUAAUUAAAGAGGGGGAUGUGGGCUCCCUUGUCUAUGUAAUGGAAGAUGGGAAGGUGGAAGUGACGAAGGAAAGCGUGAAGCUGUGCACCAUGGGACCAGGGAAAGUGUUUGGGGAACUGGCUAUUCUCUACAACUGCACCAGGACAGCCACUGUGAAGACUCUCACUAAUGUGAAGCUAUGGGCCAUCGACCGCCAAUGUUUCCAGACCAUUAUGAUGAGGACAGGUCUCAUCAAGCAUGCCGAAUACAUGGAGUUUUUAAAGAGUGUUCCAACUUUCCAGGGCCUUCCAGAAGAAAUACUCAGCAAACUUGCUGAUGUGCUUGAAGAGACUCACUAUGGGGAUGGAGAAUACAUCAUCAGACAAGGGGCAAGAGGAGACACGUUCUUCAUCAUCAGCAAAGGAAAGGUGAAUGUUACACGGGAAGACUCACCCAAUGAUGCUCCUGUAUACCUGCGUACCUUGACCAAAGGGGAUUGGUUCGGCGAGAAAGCCCUGCAAGGAGAGGACAUAAGGACAGCCAAUGUCAUUGCCGCCGAAGCUGUCACCUGCCUGGUCAUUGACAGAGACUCCUUUAAACACCUGAUUGGAGGUCUUGAUGACGUGUCAAACAAAGGCUAUGAGGAUGCUGGUGCCAAGGCAAAAUAUGAAGCAGAAAAUGCCUUCUUCUCCAACCUGAAGCUGGUGGAUUUCAACAUCAUUGACACCCUGGGUGUGGGAGGAUUUGGACGAGUUGAACUGGUGCAGCUCAAAAGUGAGGAGACCAAAACAUUUGCAAUGAAAAUUCUGAAGAAGCGUCACAUUGUGGACACACGACAACAGGAGCAUAUCCGUUCAGAAAAACAGAUUAUGCAGGAGGCUCAUUCUGACUUCAUAGUUAGACUGUACAGGACAUUCAAAGAUAGCAAGUAUCUGUAUAUGUUGAUGGAGGCCUGUCUGGGAGGAGAAUUAUGGACCAUCCUUAGGGACAGAGGUUCCUUUGAAGAUUCAACCACACGGUUUUACACAGCAUGUGUGGUGGAAGCCUUCGCCUACCUGCAUUCCAAAGGAAUAAUCUACCGGGAUCUCAAGCCGGAAAACCUCAUACUGGAUCACAGAGGCUACGCCAAGCUAGUGGAUUUUGGCUUCGCUAAAAAGAUAGGAUUUGGAAAGAAAACAUGGACUUUCUGUGGAACGCCUGAAUAUGUCGCUCCAGAGAUUAUCUUGAACAAAGGCCAUGAUAUCUCAGCUGACUAUUGGUCUCUCGGGAUUCUCAUGUAUGAACUUUUGACUGGAAGCCCACCAUUCUCAGGGCCAGAUCCCAUGAAGACCUACAACAUUAUCCUGAGGGGUAUCGACAUGAUUGAAUUUCCAAAGAAGAUCACAAAAAAUGCUGCAAAUUUAAUAAAGAAACUAUGCAGGGAUAAUCCAACUGAACGAUUAGGAAACUUGAAAAAUGGAGUCAAAGAUAUCCAAAAGCACAAGUGGUUUGAGGGCUUUAACUGGGAAGGGUUGCGUAAAGGGACCCUCACUCCUCCAAUCAUCCCUGAUGUCUCAUCACCCACUGACACAAGUAAUUUCGACAGUUUCCCAGAGGACAAUGAAGACCCCCCUCCAGAUGACAACUCAGGAUGGGAUAAUGAUUUUUAA